AAAGCCUUCAACAACAUGACAGAGCAGUUCAGCAAGCUCAACAAACUCAGUCAUUCUCUCAACGCGCGCGCACGUCCCAGCCUCCAGCUAAAGUUCGAUAAGGGAGCGUCUAGAACUAAGAAAAUAUUCACUCUUGGCCAGAAUAAGUCAGACAAGAAGAAGGGAAGCCUGUCUGAUGGCAUGAGCAGUGAUUAUUCGUCCGACGAUGAGAAUAGGACUAAUAUUUUUGAGCCCACGUUGGAUAAUUUUGAGAACAGUCAGCAUUAUAUUGGUAAAGUAACAUCAACAAGCCAGCCCCAAGCAACAGAACCGGAAAACGAUUGCGAAUUAAUCGAGAACCCUCUCUACUCUUCCAAAAUAGAGCCGCAAGAGAAAGAGGCAGUUUUCGACCCUACCCAACUCGUCCCCACCACCACCGAGAAACAAAACAUCAAAACCCCAAGCAACGUUAACAAAUUCAACCCCUUUGACACAGAAAUGGGUACAACCCCCGAAAUACAAGUGGAAAGUGAAUCGUAUAAACCAGCGCCCCCUAACACUUUACUACUAUCCCAAAAGCUGUCCCACAGUUCGAAUGAUAUUAACUACGAGGAUCCGCCAGAAGGGGUAAAUUUUCAUGUCAGGUCGAAUUCUCAGCAUGAGAUCACGCUGAACAUAGCUCAGUCGCACAGCGAGUCAGCGAUUAGACAGCUGAAAAAUAUCGCCAGUCCAGUUUCGAGCGCGACUAGGGAGAUGGUAUUGUCGCCACUGUCGAAACUCGCUAAAGGCGUGCAGACUUUGGGCGCCAAUUUAGAUCCGAGGAAGAUAAAGGGCUCCGCUGCAGUGAAGCAUAUUUCCGAACAGCAGUACGAAGAGCACAGGCAACUCCAAGAAAAAUGGCGCGAUUGUAACACUCGCCUCGUGGCGUUGUAACGGUAGUGUUGCCACACGCUAAAAUUGUAGAAAACACAUGGUACGUUCUUUUAGUUAUCCUUGAGUCGCGUAUUCGUUCAAAUUGUAAGUUGUAGGUUUAACUUGUCACCUAAUGACAGUGUUGCCAGCCAAAUAUUAGAAUUACAGG